UGUACGCCGCCCACAAUCCAAGUCGGUGUACCCCCGAAUCGUCGAUCAUAUUAAUUCCGGCCGCCUAGCGCUGCUAUAUAUAGAGAGACCUCGCGGCACUCCACUCCGAUCCUGCAAGGCUGCAACGCACACACUUCCGGCCGACCCGAUCCGUCCAAGUCGAAGCAAUGAUGUCAAUGGAAGCGGCGCCACGCCUACGCCUCGGCGCCGUCGUCGCGCUUCUCCUCUUCCUCGCCGUGACGCCCCCUGAGCCCGCCGCCAGCCGCGGAGCCCCCGCCUCCGCCGUCCCGCCGCUGGUAGCGCGCCUCCGCGCCUUCUCCGAGGCCGGCGGCGGCGGGUUCGCCGAGUGCUGGGACUCGCUGACGCGGCUGGGGUCGUGCACGAGCGAGAUCGUCAUCUUCUUCGUGAACGGCGAGUCCUACAUCGGGCACGAGUGCUGCGUCGCCGUCCGCGGCGCCACGCGCCACUGCUGGCCCGCCAUGCUCGCCUCCGUCGGCUUCACCGCCGAGGAGGCCGACGUCCUGCGCGGCUUCUGCGACGCCGAGGAGGCCGCCGCCAAGGACAAGGGCCCUCCUCCUUCCCCGGCGGGCCCGGUCCCCGCGCCAGAGAAGCCGUAGCCCGUGUCGGGGCCCAAUAAGCUUAUAAGCUUCGCUUUUGUUUCUACACGAUGCACGUUUUGCUAGAGUAGAGCUUGAUGCUGAAUGGUUCAGCCAAUAAAAUCGACUCAGUGUACUCGUGGCCCGUUUCUCUGAA